AGAGCGAUGAAGAUGAUAGUGGUGCUUCUUGUGUUCUUGCUGGGCGUGAAUGUGGCUCUUGUCACUGGAGGAAGGCGAAUCCUGGAAGAGGAUCCACUUCCAGAGCCUGGAAAAGAGGAGCCGCUUCCAAACCCACAAUUGCCUGAGCCUGGCAAGGCGGAGCCACUUCCAAACCCAGAAGAUCAGCCAUUGCCGGAGCCUGGCAAGGAGAAGCCACUUCCAAAUCCAGAUGAUGCCAAGCCAUUGCCGGAGCCUGGCAAGGAGAAGCCACUUCCAAAUCCAGAUGAUGCCAAGCCAUUGCCGGAGCCUGGCAAGGAGAAGCCACUUCCAAAUCCAGGCCAUGCCAAGCCAUUGCCAGAGCCUGGAAAGGAGGUAUCACUUCCAAAACCAGAAGAUCCGCUUCCACUUCCAAAUCCAGGUGAUAAACCACUGCCGGAACCUGAUAAAGGAAAACCAGCCCCAUAAUUAUUAAAUGAAAUCGUGAUUAUUACCUGAAAUUCUUAAUAAAAGAUAUCAUGUGAAGAACAUUUUGCUUGCC